CCGCGCCCCGGCCAUGCCCGCCGCCGACUCCGAGGUGCCGCGCCGGGCGGCGCCGCCCCCCGCGCAGGAGCGGGGCGCCGAGCCUCCGCCGACGCGCCACGGGGAGCUGCAGUACCUGGGGCAGGUGGAGCACAUCCUCCGCUGCGGUUUCAGGAAGGAGGACCGCACGGGCACCGGCACCCUGUCGGUGUUCGGCCUGCAGGCGCGCUACAGCCUGAGAGAUGAAUUUCCUCUGCUGACAACCAAACGUGUUUUCUGGAAAGGUGUUUUGGAAGAGCUGUUGUGGUUUAUCAAGGGAUCCACAAAUGCUAAUGAACUGUCUUCCAAGGGAGUGAAAAUCUGGGAUGCCAAUGGGUCCCGAGACUUUUUGGACAGCCUUGGGUUCUCCAACAGAGAAGAAGGGGAUUUAGGCCCCGUUUAUGGCUUUCAGUGGAGACAUUUUGGGGCAGAGUACAAAGAUAAAGAUUCAGAUUAUUCAGGUCAAGGAGUAGACCAGCUGCAAAAAGUGAUUGACACGAUCAAAACCAACCCUGAUGACAGAAGAAUCAUCAUGUGUGCUUGGAAUCCAAAAGAUCUUCCUCUGAUGGCCCUACCUCCAUGCCAUGCCCUUUGCCAGUUCUAUGUGGUGAAUGGUGAGCUAUCCUGCCAGCUGUACCAGAGGUCAGGAGACAUGGGCCUGGGCGUGCCCUUCAACAUUGCCAGCUACUCCUUGCUCACCUACAUGAUCGCACACAUCACAGGCCUGAAGCCAGGCGAUUUUGUACAUACUUUGGGAGAUGCACAUAUUUACCUGAAUCACAUUGAGCCGCUAAAAGUGCAGCUUCAGCGAGAACCAAGGCCUUUCCCGAAGCUCAAAAUCCUUCGAAAAGUUGAGACAAUCGAUGAUUUCAAAGCUGAAGACUUUGAGAUUGAAGGGUACAGUCCUCAUCCUUCUAUUAAAAUGGAAAUGGCUGUUUAGAGUGAUUUUAAGGGAUGCCCAGGUGAAACUUUUUUGCUUUAAAAGAAGGACUAGUAAAAAAAAUCUCUUGGUGAUCUGUCAGUUUAUUUACAAACUAUUAAGGAUGUUGCCAGUGGGAAGUAAACUGCUGGUUCUUAGCAGUAAAAGGCCUUGAGCUUGAUUAACUCCAAGGAUAUAUGGAAAUGCUAAGAUUAUGAAUAUGGUCAGAAGGUAAAAAUUUAUGCUCUUAACAAAAAACAUGUACAUGCAUUUCAAUCCCAUUUUUGUGCAGGUGAGGAAUUUCCAUAAUUAUAUAAGCUAUUCCCCCAAAUUUGAACCAGCUGAACAGCAUCAUGAGUCAAUGAUAAUGUAUAAUGUGGUUAUGAACAUUUAAAGUUAUAUAUUACUAUAAUAAAGUGUUC